AUGGCAGGCGCUGGUGAGCGCAAAAGCAAGAAGGAUGAUAAUGGCAUCGGGACGGCCAUUGAUUUUGUGCUCUCCAAUGCCCGGCUGGUGCUGGGGGUGGGUGGAGCAGCCAUGCUGGGCAUUGCUACACUGGCGGUUAAGCGGAUGUACGAUAGGGCAAUCAGUGCCCCUACCAGCCCCACCCGCCUGAGCCAUUCAGGGAAAAGGAGCUGGGAAGAACCAAACUGGAUGGGCUCCCCCCGAUUGCUCAACAAGGACAUGAAGACAGGCCUGAGCAGGUCCCUACAGGCCCUUCCCACAGGCUCCUCGGCCUUUGACACAGAUACAUUCUGCCUGCCCCGGCCCAAGCCAUUGGCCAGGAAGGGCCAGGUAGACUUGAAGAAGUCACGACUCCGCAUGUCCCUGCAGGAGAAACUUCUUACUUACUACCGGAACCGGGCGGCCAUCCCUGCUGGCGAGCAGGCUCGGGCCAAGCAAGCUGCCGUGGACAUAUGUGCCGAGCUCCGGAGCUUCCUGCGGGCCAAGUUGCCUGACAUGCCACUUCGGGACAUGUACCUGAGUGGCAGCCUCUAUGAUGACCUGCAGGUGGUGACAGCUGACCACAUCCAACUCAUCGUGCCCCUUGUGCUGGAGCAGAACCUGUGGUCGUGUAUCCCCGGAGAGGACACCAUCAUGAACGUCCCUGGCUUCUUCCUGGUUCGCCGGGAGAACCCAGAGUACUUUCCUCGUGGUAGCAGUUACUGGGACCGCUGUGUAGUAGGGGGCUACCUCUCUCCAAAGACAGUGGCAGACACGUUCGAAAAGGUAGUGGCUGGCUCCAUCAACUGGCCGGCCAUCGGGUCCCUCUUGGACUAUGUGAUUCGACCGGCCCCACCCCCAGAGGCUCUGACUCUGGAAGUGCAGUAUGAGCGUGACAGGCAUCUCUUCAUUGACUUCCUGCCAUCAGUGACCCUUGGUGACACUGUCUUGGUGGCCAAACCACACCGGCUAGCCCAGUAUGACAACCUGUGGCGGCUGAGCCUGCGUCCUGCCGAGACGGCGCGCUUGCGGGCUCUGGACCAGGCUGACUCGGGCUGCCGCUCUCUGUGCCUCAAGAUCCUCAAGGCCGUGUGCAAGUCCACUCCGGCCCUGGGUCACCUCACUGCCAGCCAGCUUACCAACGUCAUCCUCCACGUGGCCCAGGAGGAGGCUGACUGGUCUCCUGAUGUGCUGGCUGACCGAUUUCUGCAGGCCUUGAGGGGACUCAUCAGCUACUUGGAGGCCGGAGUUCUGCCCAGUGCCCUAAACCCCAAGGUGAACUUAUUUGCAGAGCUCACCCCUGAGGAAAUAGACGAACUGGGAUACACUCUCUAUUGCUCACUGUCUGAGCCGGAGGUGCUGCUGCAGACAUAG